ACAUCCAGUUGGAUGCUGCUCGCGAUCCUGUUGAGGUGGCACGUGGAUGUUCCUCCAUCAUCAGAAUAUCCUUUACUUUAUUCGCCUAAAACGUGAACUUUUUUGCAAUCCUCUCACAAUAUCCGAAAUUGAUUCGUAUUUAUCCUUUUAAUUGUUGUGACUACUUGGUGAGGUGCUUUUGCACCAAAAAAAAAGAUUUAAGAAAGUUGAGAAAAGAAAAGAAAAGUGUUCUUCCACCGUGAGACUAGGUGAGUUAUGUGGAAGAAUGUGAGAGUGAUGGUGAUGAUAAAGUGAUUCAAUAAUUCAGAUGUGAGUUAUCACCUUAAAUUGCUGACAACCAAGGACACUUCAUCACAACCUAGCCGUUCAACCAAGUGUGUGCGAUUUUGACGGUUGUAAAAUGCACAUCUAAUAUUCAUGAGCGAGAGUGGAACAUCAAAGGUAUCCAUUUCGCUGAUUUAGCACACACCCUUUGAAACUUCCACCGUCGAGGGAUUCUGGUUGCCGUAGACUUUAAAUAAAGAUGAUGCCAUCAUUUGGCAUAACGAUGCGCAAAAAGAAAUUCUAAUGAUCAAGUGAAUUCACACGCUAUAAGAGAGAAAUCCCAUCCAAAUAGAAAAAAAAACAAUGAGUGUCGCACUAUGUGAAUGUUUCGUGUGAGAAAAAAGAAGAAGAAAGUUCCGAAUAAAUUUUGUAUAUUAUGUCCCGCGUAAGAGAAUUCUUUGAGAAUUAUGUAGUGUGAGUUCAUCCUGGUCAUCAGCACUAAAUGUGACCCGAAGAUAAGUUGUGAUGAGACGUCGAGAAAUUUUGGAUCACCGACAAAUAUGUGCUGUCGCCUUUGCGACAUUUGCACUCAUACUAUCCACUUAUGGUGAUAACGUCACGGAUUUAACAUCAUCACAUCCCAUGGACACCAGCUUCGUGUCGGAGCAGGAAUCAGGGGCAACGGACAGGGCACAGGGGGAUGACUUGACGCCUGUCGCCUCAGAGUUGGUCCAGACAACGUCUGCGGAGGCUUCCGUCAGCGAUUUAUCACCAUCUCAGGGUGAGAGUGGCAAAUCGACGGGAAGCCCCACCACUACUGUUCAGAUCACCACAUCAACUACCCACUCAACACCCACCACCACCCCCAGAGUCAUCCAAACAACAGUGGCUACCACAUUUCGACCAUUGCUCAUCCCAACAUUUCGGCCGCGAGCUACCCACGUGCGUACAUAUCCGUCUAAACACCACCAUGAACACCACUGGGGGCCAUUCUUCGAGGAACCCCUCAAUGCAACAUCCGGGGCACUCCAAGUUGGCAUACACGUGGCCACCGAGGCAGUGCUCAACUGUCGAGUCGGUAUGCUGAAGGACAAAACGGUGAUGUGGGUUCGGAAGACCACAGAUAAAGUCUCACUGCUGACGGUGGGCAAUGUAACAUAUAGCGGAGACCCCAGAAUAGCAGUUAAGUUUCAGUAUCCAAACAAUUGGCGGCUCCACAUAAAUCCAAUCCAGCGUGAAGAUGCUGGUCUCUACAUGUGUCAAGUUUCCACGCACCCACCACGAGUAUUCGCCACGAAUGUCACAGUUUUGGCUCCUGCCAUUCGGGUCGUCGAUGAGCACGGGCAUGAAGUUCACGAUCGCUACUACAAAAUGGGGAGUGCCAUCGAUUUAACGUGCCAAGUGGCCGUGUCAUUCCUCUCUGUGCUACCAACUGUGAUGCCCGUACCCAAUCCGCCACACUACUCCCAUCAGCGGCAGUUUCCCUUUAUCCCUAAGCUGCUAAAUUUCACCGUGACCCCUCUUGGGAUGCCAAAGACACCGCACACCCAUCACACGUCGCUCGAACACUCAAUGGGCGGCUCACCAACAAUCGCAACAUUCCCGCACAUUCCGCAAUUGUCCAAUUUGCGAACGCACGCACAUGGCGGGCAUCGUGUAGACGACACGCGUCAGCUCGAGUUCUUUCACCAGAAGCUUACAUGGCGGAAGGACGGUGGACCAAUUCCCAAGGAUGUUCAACUUAAUUUGAGUGCUACAGCUGAGUGGAGAAGUAGCCGACUAUCAAUCUUUGCAGCCGAUAGAAGUCAUAGUGGCGAAUACUCGUGCUCAAUCCUCAAUUCAUCCGCUGCCGUCGUUCAUGUUCAAGUGCUGAAUGCUCUUCUUCCAGGCGAAAUGCCCGCUGCUGUUCAACACAACUCAGCCAACAUAACACGAUCCAUUCUUUCAACGUUGCUCUUGUUCAUCUUAUUUUCCCCCCUACUUCACAUUCACAUAUCCUGCUAAUAAUUAAUUGAUUUCGUGGGUAAAAUUUUGAGCAUGGACAAAGCAUUGCUGCCCAAGGGUUCACUGUCAAAUCCUUAAUCCUGACGAUGGAGGAGUGAUAACAACUCUCUGUGUAUGGCACAUCGGCGUCGAUUGACAGACGAUGGAUUAAUUAAGCAAGCACAAGCAACUUGACCACAAAGUGGUGUCCAAAAUUUAAUUGGCAGAUUCUCCCAUUUCUCAUUAGUGAGUAAACAAGCAUAUAUACGAAGAUGCAAAUGCCAAAAAAAACUUUCAAUCAUCAGUUAAAACAAAAACAGAGAAUGAGAUAAAAAUUAUAAUUAAAAUUUACAUUUACAAACAGCAUGGGUUUUCCGUGAAUUUUAAUGAACAAUGGGUGAUGAAAAUUACAUUUUGUUUUUAUCUGUACAUAAUGAGUAUUUAUAUAUGUAAAAAAAUAAAUAAAUAAAUUGAAAUGAAAAAAAUAUCGAUACGUAGGUGCCCUUUGAUGAUGAAUUCUAAAAUGGCAGUUAAGUAUCAAAGACACACUGAUUAAUGAAAAAAAAAUGAUAAACUAAAAUGGAAACACAGUCAGUAAUCCGUAAGUGUAAAAUUGAUGAUUUAUGAAACAUAUUAAAUGUAUGAGAUUCUUUGAUAAUGUUAACAUUACAGAGUAUGUAAAUUAUAUUUCAAGAGCAAAAGGAAUAAAUAAUAUAACUAAAAA